AUGUAUGACAAGGCAGUCCAGGAGUUUCUGCUGCACCACAUGCCUCCCCGCAGCUCCGCCCUCCUGGCCACCAGUCCGCCCUCCUGGCUGGCAUCAUCUCAGCCGGAGGCUCACUUCUACAUGUGCGGCUCAGCGCCGGCCUGGCAGCACAGCACGCAGUGGCCUCCGCAAGGGGUGGUGAAGCGGCCGCUGUGGCUGCUGGAGCGGUCACUGGCCUGGGCCAAAGAGGAGCUUGGCGACGAAGGCUCUACGCAGCUGCCCCCGGCCACGAGUGCUCGGCAGCUAGUCUGGGGCGGUGUGUCGCGGUACAUGGCGAUGAUCAAGAUGAUGGACUUGGUCAAGUACAAGUGGAAGCAGUCUGCGGUUGACAGCGGCCGAGCCUUGCUCUUCGAAGCGCCGGCCUGCUCCGCGCCUUUGGCGCUGGUCGGCUCCGCAGUGCUGUCCUUGCGAAUCCGCGGCGCUGGGGAUCCGGAUGCGGACAUUUUCGCCUACAUUUGCGAGCGUCCGGCUGACGGCGGAGAUCUGACUUAUGUGACCGAAGGCAUACUUCGCCUUAGCUACCGCAAGGAGGUGGAUGCGCCUCCACACGAGAAGGCAGCAGAUCCUCCACAAGAUUCGGAGGCAGAGGCAGACGCCCGGGUGCCGCAUCACAGCUACAGGCGGCAGGACCGGGAAAUGGUGACAGCGGAAGGCACCACAGCCAGGCUGAAGUUCUUCCCGGCCGCCUACCGAUUCCGUGCCGGCUCCAAGAUCGCGCUGGUGAUCGCUCCGGACGAUGCCACUCACUACGUGCCCAACCCGCUUGCUGCUUCCAACCCUCCGUUCAUUUGCCAUUCUCGCGCCGAGCCAUCAGCGCUUUGGCUGCCCCUGCAGGAAGAUGCGGCGGCCCUUUGA